AUGGCUCAUACCCAGACUGUCUUGUGGUCUCGCGUGUUAGAUCGACUGGAGGGACCUCGUCCGCCGAAACUGAUCGUCAUCGAUCCCAGAAAGUCAGACACAGCAAUGAGGGCGACAGUGCACCUUUCGCCCAAGGUCGGCACUAAUGUCGCAUUGCUUAAUGGCCUGCAGCACUUGCUGAUCAAGAAUGGUUGGAUCAAUAUGGAGUAUUUGUCAAAGCACGUUGUUGGGCUAGAAAGCCUCCAGAGAGUUGUAGACAAAUAUACACCUCAACGUGUUGAAGAAAUCACCGGAGUUCCGGAAACACAGCUCCAAAAGGCUGCUGAGAUUCUGGGGACUACAUCUAGCCUCCUGUCUACCGCUUUACAGGGUGUGUAUCAGUCAAACCAGGCUACUGCAGCGGCGUGCCAGAUCAACAAUAUCAACUUAAUGCGUGGGCUGAUUGGCAGGCCCGGCAGUGGAAUCCUUCAGAUGAAUGGGCAACCCACAGCGCAGAAUAACCGUGAAACAGGCUGUGAUGGAGAAUAUCCUGGAUUCCGGAACUUCCAGAAUUCCAGUCACAUGCAAGAAAUUGCAGACAUCUGGAACAUCGAUUACAUUAAGCUACCCCAUUGGAACCAGCCAACACACAUAGAGAACAUGCUAAAAUAUGUUGCGGAGGGCUCAAUCCAAAUGUUCUGGAUCUCAGGCACUAACCCGCUCGUCAGCCUGCCGCACCUCCAUAAGGUCCGGGAGUUACUGACCAAGCCUGAUUUAUUCGUCGUCACUCAGGAUAUUUUUCUCACCGAAACGGCUGCGAUAUCCGACGUGGUUCUCCCCGCUGCGCAAUGGGGCGAGAAAACGGGUUGCUUCACAAACGUCGAUCGCACAGUGCAUCUGUCUAAAAAGGCCGUUGAACCGCCAGGUGAGGCAAGGGCAGACUUGGAUAUCUGGCUAGACUUCGCGAGUCGUAUGGAUUUCCGGGAUAAGCAUGGCCACCCGCUGAUCACUUUUACCAAACCGGAAGAAGUGUUUGAUGCAUGGAAGGAAAUGUCAUAUGGCCGGCCGUUAGACUGCAGCGAGAUGACGUACGAAAAGUUAACUGGGGGAUCUGGGAUUCAGUGGCCUUGCACCAAGGAAUAUCCUCAGGGCAAGGAACGGCUGUUUGAUGACGGCAAAUUCUUCACAGACACCGAUUAUUGCGAAAGCUUUGGCCAUGAUCUCGAAUCUGGGGCGCCAUAUACGAAAGCACAAUAUCAGGCCAUAAACCCUGCUGGUCGAGCUAUUUUGAAGGCAGCUCAUUACAAAAUACCGUUUGAAGAACCGGACAAUCAAUUCCCUUUACGACUAACAACCGGCCGGAAUGUGUACCAUUUUCACACACGCACCAAGACGGGUCGCUCUCGAAAAUUGCAGGAUGCAUACCCGGAGCCUAUUCUUCAGGUUUCAACCGCGGAUGCGCACGCCCUUCAUCUUACCGAAGGAGAAAUGGUCAUUGUGCGAUCACGACGUGGGUCUGUUGAAUUGCCCGCUUCAAUUGGGAAUAUUAAUGAGGGCCACGUAUUUAUUCCGUUCCAUUUUGGAUACUUCGAUGCCAGAGAUGAUCGAGCACGUGCAGCGAACGAACUGACUAUUGAACAAUGGGAUCCAGUAUCGAAACAGCCCUCAUUCAAAUCUGGGGCUGUUUGCAUUGAGAAGUGCGUCCAAAAGGAGGACGAACAAAAUAAUCAUGCUCAAGAAGAACAGACCACCGCCGUCAAGAGAGUUAAAAAGGAAAAGAAAUGGGCCGAACGGCCACCGGAAACUAGCAAAUCAGACCGUGGCGAGGAGCCUGUGCUGGUGCGACGCCUGGAAUUGUGGAUUGGAGCAACACAUGAGAGUUUGGAAGUACUGCUUGAUAUUUACAACAAUCUUAUUCCCCGCAUGGUCCAUGACUUGGAGGUACAGGCUGGUCUGCAAGUGAUGUGUCGUAUUACACGGGAUAUCCUGCAGCAUUUUGAACCGGUGAUCGACAAAUAUCAUGAAAGUCGUCAUUAUGGUCGGUCGGUUGUACAGCGUUUGAAAGAUGCCAUUUUCCCAGCGGUUGAUGAAGCCACUGACCCAUAUGAAGCGCUGGUAGCUCUACAAUCACUUGACAUAUACCUCACAUACGUGGAAGGGCAUCUUACUGCACUAUUACCGGCAAGUCAGGCGGCAUGGGAUGGCGAAUUUUUACAAGCAAUCUCUUUUGCUCAGAGUAACAUUCAAAGACAAAAAGCGUGGGCUAACCAACACAUCAAAGUCAAAAGCCCACAAACACUUUUGGUUCCGAUGAUUGCGGCUGAGGAUCUCAAUGCGCCAGAUACAAGCAUGGCCGGGCGCCGCAAGACUUGA